AUGGCGAGCGCGGAGAGCUCGAGAGAGACGUCAGCAGGAACACUGCGUAACGCUUUUGGCAAUGUGCUCUCUUUCUUCAUCCUUCUCUUGAUUGGAGUUCUCGCCUUCUCGAUCCGCCUUUUCUCUGUAAUAAAGUAUGAGAGUGUUAUUCACGAGUUCGAUCCUUAUUUCAAUUACAGAGUCACUCAGUUUUUGACAAAGAAUGGGAUUUAUGACUUUUGGAAUUGGUUUGAUGAUCGAACCUGGUAUCCUCUUGGUCGUGUUAUUGGUGGAACUGUUUACCCUGGGUUGACCUUGACAGCAGGCACAUUAUGGUGGUUAUUGAAUUCUUUGAACAUUCCUUUGUCUGUCGAGACUGUUUGUGUAUUCACUGCACCAAUUUUCUCUGCGUUUGCUUCAUGGGCGACUUACCUUUUGACCAAGGAAGUUAAGGGUACUGGUGCUGGACUGACAGCAGCUGUUCUUUUGGCCAUGGUUCCGUCAUAUAUAUCUCGAUCCGUGGCUGGUAGCUAUGACAAUGAAGCUGUAGCUAUAUUUGCUCUGAUCUUCACUUUCUAUCUUUAUAUAAAGACAUUGAAUACAGGAUCUCUCUUUUAUGCCACUUUAAAUGCCUUGGCAUACUUUUAUAUGGUCUGCUCAUGGGGAGGGUACACCUUUAUUAUUAAUCUUAUUCCAAUGCAUGUGCUUUUGUGCAUCGUGACUGGUCGCUACUCUUCUCGACUUUACAUUGCAUAUGCUCCUCUUGUGGUCUUGGGAACACUAUUAGCAGCCUUGGUGCCUGUUGUUGGUUUCAAUGCAGUAAUGACGUCAGAGCAUUUUGCUUCAUUUUUGGUUUUCAUUAUCAUCCAUGUGGUGGCUCUUGUGUAUUAUGUCAAAGGGAUUCUCUCUCCAAGAAUGUUUAAAGUAGCUGUUACGCUUGUUGUAUCUGUGGGCCUGUGA